UGAAUAGGAGGGGAGAUGCUGGAUUCAGGAGAAGGUCCGCCAUUAUUGGGAAGCUGAAAAAAAUAGACUUAUACACCGUCACGCAUUUACCCUGUAAGGGGCUUAACGUUAGAAAGGAAAACACUGCGGUUUCGGACGAGCUGUUGUUGAGUUAUAGAAAAAAGCGGCGCUUUGGUUAAUGAAGGCAGAGCUUAUGGUCGCGUUUCCUACGGACUCUUUUAUUUUUGACACAACAAAGGAAAUAAUAAUUGGUCAAAACAACGUGGUGGUGGAACGAAGAAGGAAAAACACACCGAAACAACGCUUUCCAACGCCUCCCCCUUUUCUCCCUCGUAAGACGUUUCCAGCCGUGUUGAAAAGACUGGAGUUUGAACAGCAUUUUUUCUUUUUCCUGACGAGAAUUAAGUUGGUUUUUUUCUUCUCUCCUCCUCUCCCCCAGACAGGGUGAGAGAGGGAGAUAUGCAUCUCGUUUCUGAAAACUUCAGACUGAUGUAAAUGAGCACGUAAUGUGAGAAGCAAUAGACCGAAGUCUGUUUACCCCAUAAAGCGGAAAAAUAAUCGAUGUGAAUGCUGGUAUGAAGUGUUUUUGUCUGUUUUUUUAAAAGUCUUUCACCGGCUUCGAGUCGCAUAGAGAGAGAAAGAAAGGAGUGGACGCGGAGAGAGGGAGGAAUGCUAUGGGACAGACCCCAGCCCAGUGAACACCCCUUGCAUGGAAACCCUCCUUCCUUGGCAGCCUUCUCCUCUCCCUAGCAGCCAGCAUGGCAGGAUGAGCCUCUGCCAGCGAUGAUGAUGACCAAAAAGCAAGAUGUCCGGGCACCCACCUACAACCUGGUUGUGGUUGGGCUGUCCGGCACAGAGAAGGAGAAAGGCCAGUGUGGUGUGGGCAAGUCCUGCCUGUGUAACCGCUUUGUCCGGCCAAGUGCAGAUGACUUCCACCUAGACCACACUUCUGUUCUCAGCACCAGUGACUUUGGAGGUCGUGUGGUAAACAAUGACCACUUCCUGUUCUGGGGAGAGGCUGGGCGGCCGAUGGAGGAGGGGCCAGAAUGCCGCAUGAAUGUGGUGGAGCAGACAGAGUUCAUUGAUGAUCAGACGUUCCAGCCACACCGAAGCACAGCACUCCUGCCUUACAUUAAGAGGGCAGCUUCCACCAAGCUGGCUUCAGCUGAGAAGCUGAUGUACUUUUGCACAGAUCAGCUUGGGCUGGAGCAGGACUUUGAGCAGAAACAAAUGCCUGAAGGCAAGCUUAUGGUGGAUGGCUUCUUACUCUGUGUGGAUGUUAGCAGGGGUAUGAACCGUAGUUUUGAGGACCAGAUGAAGUUUAUAACCAACCUGUACAACCAGCUAGCCAAAACGAAGAAACCUGUGGUACUGGUCCUCACCAAAUGUGAUGAAGGAGUUGAGCGCUAUAUUAAAGACUCUCACACCUUUGCUCUAGCCAAGAAGAACUUACAGGUGGUGGAAACAUCAGCACGCUCUAAUGUCAAUGUUGACCUUGCCUUUCUUACACUGGUUCAGCUAAUAGACAAGAGUAGGGGAAAGCCCAAAAUUAUCCCUUACUUUGAGGCACUGAAACAACAGAGUCAACAGAUCGCCUCAGCCAAAGACCACUAUGAGUGGCUGGUCAACCGAAUUGUGAAGAACCACAAUGAGACAUGGCCCACUGUCAGUCGCCGCAUGCAGUCUGCCACUGAGUACAAUGGCUAUGUUUUCCUUGAAGGGACAGCUAAAGCCAAGAAGCUCUUCCAGCAGCAUGUGCAUAGACUUAAACAAGACCAUAUAGAGAAACGUCGGAAGGCCUAUCUAAGUACGCUACCACAGGCCUUGUCUGUUCUGUUACCAGAGUUGGAUGAGAUAGACCACCUGAGCUGGUCUGGAGUUCAGAAAGUCCUGGAGACAAAGAGAGAUUUCUCUCAAUGGUUUGUAGUACUAGAUGACACCCCUUGGGAGACCACACCACACAUUGAUAACAUGGAGGAUGAUCGAAUCCCCCAGGACCUCCUGGAGACCCCUGCAGCUGAAGCUAUCUAUGAGACCCACCUGGAGCAGCUAAGGAAUGAGCGCAAACGGGCUGAAAUGAGAUGGGAGUUCAAGGAGAAGCUAAGUGUCUCUCCUUUUAUCACACCAGGAAAACCCUGGGAGGAAGCCCGAAGCUUCAUCAUGAAUGAGGACUUCUACCAGUGGCUGGAUGAGACUGAGUAUCUGGAUAUCUACAACAAACACCAGAAGGAAAUCAUUGACAGAGCCAAAGAGGACUUUCAGGAACUGCUUCUUGAAUACUCUGAGCUCUUUUAUGAGCUAGAAGUGGAUGCAAAGCCAAGUAAAGAGAAAAUGGGAGCCAUUCAGGAGGUGUUGGGUGAGGAGCAAAGAUUCAAAGCCCUGCAAAAGCUGCAGGCUGAAAGAGAUGCUCUGGUAUUGAAACAUAUCCACUUUGUCUACCACCCCACCAAGGACACUUGUCCCAACAGCCCCCACUGUGUGGACAGUAAGAUAGAGCAGAUAUUGGCUUCCAGAUUCCCUACCCGCUACCCAUCAUCAGAUAGUUCAAGACUGGAAGGGGGGAGGGCUGAACGGAUAAAUCUUGUCAUCCUAGGGAAAGAUGGGCUAGCCAGAGAGAUGGCAAAUGAGAUAAGGGCCUUGUGCACCAGUGACGACCGGUACGUGUUAGAUGGCAAGAUGUAUGAGUUAGCCCUUCGUCCCAUAGAGGGCAACGUACGUCUGCCAGUCAAUUCAUUCCAUACACCAACCUUUACACCCCAUGGUUGCCUGUGUUUGUAUAACUCAAAGGAAUCCCUCUCCUAUGUUGUUGAGUCGAUAGAGAAGCUUAGGGAGUCAACUAUAAGCAGAAGGGAAAGGGAAAACAGCUUAGCCCAAAUCCCGUUGUCCCUCCUUCUGGUCACCAAGCGAGGGGUGGGGUCCAUUGGGGAUAUUGGGGGCGAGACAGCUCAGACUCUUAUUCAACAAGGGCAGCAGGUGGCUGGAAAGCUGCAGUGUGCUUACCUAGACCCUGCCUCUCCAGGCAUGGGCUAUGGGCGCAAUGUCAAUGAGAGGCAGAUCAACCAGAUGUUAAAGGGCCUCUUAGAAUCACGGAGAAGCAUAGGGAGCAGCUCCCCUCCCUUACCCCCUCCAUCCUCUGCCUUCAGAGACUCUCAGUCCCAACCAAUGCUAGAGGCAGACCUGAGGAUAGUCAUGUGCCUGAUGUGUGGAGACACGUACGACCUAGACCAGCUCCUUGCUCCCUUCCUGUUGCCCCAACAUUGUCGUCCUGCCUCCACCCUCAGCAGUGGCACCUCCAUUUUGCUAGAUUUCAGUAUAGGAGGUCAGAGGCAGAAUAUUGAGCUGUCACUGCUCUCCUUCCAUUCCUCAUUCUCCCUCCGCAAGACUAGGCUGGUCCACGGCUACAUUGCAGUUUAUUCUGCUCGCCGCAAGGCCUCUAUGGAGACAUUAUGUGCUUUCCUGUGUGAGGUCCAAGACAUCAUUCCAGUCCAGUUGCUAGCAGUAGGGGAGAGCCAGAUGGAGCUAUCAGACUCAGAGUCAGCUAAGGAGCAGGUCAGUCAGGGAGAGGAACUGGCCCAUGAAAUAGAGGCCGGGUUUAACACCGUAAUAUGUGGACAUGGUGGGGUAGUAGGAGGGCUUCAUAAGAUAGACCUUUUCCAGCCCUUCCUCAAAGAAGUGGUAGAGAAGCGCACUAUUGUUGAAGCCACACACAUGUAUGAUAAUGUGGCUGAGGCAUGUACCAAUGAGAGCGUCAGCCCCCGCUGUGGCUCUCCUAGUCCAGUUAACAUUCUUAUGGACUCAGAGGAUGAUAUUGACCCAUCACCACCUUAUCCUACCUUGAGGGAGGAUGGCAGUCUCAGUGCCCACCUAGGAAGCUUCAAGCUGCCAGAUCUGGAUUCAAGUGAUACCUUAUCUGUCAUCUCUGACCUUAGCACCUUUGAGAGCAAGCUGAACAACAAGGUUCCUCCCCAAGUGAAGCCCAAGCCUGUCCGUAAGGUUAACCUUGGCCCCUACAUGGACCAACAAGGUGGCACCAACCGCCGCUCUUUGCCCCAAGCUGUCACCUGGGCUCCAGGCAGCGAUGGUGGCUAUGACCCCUCAGACUACGCAGAGCCCAUGGAUGCUGUGAGCAAACCUCGACCCACAGAAGAGGAGAAUAUUUACUCUGUCCCCCAUGACAGCACACAGGGCAAGAUUAUCACUAUUCGCAAUGCCAACAAAGGUCACUCCAAUGGGAGUGCUGGGGGGAAUGGGUCAGACAGCGAGGCUGAUAGUAGCUCACUGGAGCGCAGGAGAAAGUUGUCCGCCAUUGGGGUAAAGCCCAAGCUUUACAGAGACAGAUCCAAACGGCUUGGCAAGUUCAGCAGUUUUAGGACGAGCUUCUCUAUAGGCAGUGAUGAUGAGAUGGGGGGCCCACCCAAGGCUAGUCAGGAUGAGGUAGGAGCCCAAAAGGACAACUUGAUUGAGGAGAUUGAGGACCCCAAGAGGAGAAAUAUUCUAAAGAGCCUACGCAGAAAUACAAAGAAACCAAGACCCAAACCUAGGCAUUCCAUCUCAAAACCCAUCGAAAGCAAUUAUUUUGGAAUGCCACUGGCCACAGUGGUCACUCCUGAGAGGCCAAUCCCUGUCUUUAUUGAGAAGUGCAUCCGUUUCAUUGAAACAACAGGGUUGAGCACAGAGGGCAUCUACAGGGUCAGCGGAAACAAGGCAGAGAUGGAGAGCAUGCAGCGGCAAUUUGACCAAGACCACAACCUGGACCUGGUGGAGAAAGACUUCACCAUGAACACAGUAGCCGGAGCCAUGAAGGCCUUCUUCUCCGAGCUACCUGAGCCUCUGGUGCCCUACAGCAUGCAGGGAGAGCUGGUGGAGGCCUUCAAGAUCAAUGAUAGGGAGCAGCGCUUCCAGACGAUGAAGGACAUUCUGCGCCGCUUCCCCAAGGAGAAUUACGAGGUCUUCAAAUAUGUCAUCAGCCACUUGAACAAGGUGAGCCAGAACAACAAGUUGAACCUGAUGACCAGUGAGAACCUGUCCAUCUGUUUCUGGCCCACACUGAUGAGACCAGACUUCACCACCAUGGACGCCCUGACUGCCACCCGCACCUACCAGACAAUCAUUGAGAGCUUCAUCCACCAGUGCGCAUACUUCUUCUACGGUCAACCUCUGGCUGACGGCGUCCCCGGCUCCCCCACCUCUACGCUCUCCUCCGGUGGAGGGACCUCAGCCUACUCCUGCAUGGCUGGAGGCUACUCAUCCUCGCCGACUCCGUCCCCGACUCCCUACGUCCUCCCCGCCACCCCUCCUGUCAUCCCACAAUAUGGCCCUCCUAUCCACCACCACCACCACCACCACCACCACCACCUCCACCAUCAACAUCAGUCCCCAUCCCACUCCCCACCUCCUACUCCCCAGUCACCGAUCCCAGCCCUGCUGCCACCCUCCCUGCACCCCCAUCACCCCCCUACGGAACAACACACGCUGUGAACCAGGGAUCAAGGGAAAGAGGGAUAAUUUAAAAAAACGACGAGGAUGGACUACGAGAUUCAGAGAGCUGUAAGGGUUCAGAAUAAGAGAUUUUGAAGUUUGGGAAGGAAUUGAAGAAGAUAAAUUGAAACGUGAACAGGAGGUAGGAAGAGAAGUUGAGUGAGAUGCAGUAUGUACAGGGAGAAACCUACAUGUUUUGGAGAAGAAGGGGGGCAUUUGAGCCUCCGUUGCUUUUAGAAAAAUGGACACACGGCAUAAAAGAGGAUCACUGAGCCUCUGAACUGGCAGUAUGAUCUUUCCCCCUCCUCACCGCUUUAUCCCAUUGUCUCUCAGUCUCACUUCAUCUAGAUCUGCCCUCCUUGCCUUAUAGAGAACGUACACACAAACGCACUAACAAAGAGUGAGAUGUUGUCAGUAACUGUUAAAGGGACUCAGGGAGGGACUCAGAAGUGAAGUACAGGGGGAAUAUGAACUCUGUUAUGUUGGGACUGCUUCACAACACACACACACACACACACACACAAACACAAACACACACCCACACACACCCACACACACAGAGACACUUGACACAAACACCCAGUGGCCAGUGUGCCUCCGACAACCAUUCUCCUCAAUCCCUUAGCCUCUAACUGUGCUGGGAAUUUUGGUGGCCGGUGCACAUUUUUGCAAACUGACCCACCUACUGUACCUACCUGGAGGCUGUGGCUGGGACACGUGUUUAUUUUACCACUGUACAGAGGACUUAAGCAAGAAAUACAUGUUACUGCUCACUGGACAGGAUGUUCUUACACAUUCCUAUCUGUCAACCCCUUUCUCUCACACACACACACACACACACACACACACACACAGACAAAUUCAGUUUCAGUUGAGGCAGUAUUUCAAGCACAGAAGAAAAACAAAAAAUCUCAUCCGACCGGAUCUGCGAGGCAUCAAAUUGGAGCAAAGGAUUAUGGGAACUCUCACACCCAUGGCAUUCUGGGAAGGCUCCUCCCAGUCUCCUGUUUGCUCUCUCUCCCUCGGUUCGAACUCGACCUCAUGCCCGAUCUUUGCAUGAAAAAAAAAAAAACAGCAUAAAAAGUGGAUUUUUUAAUCGGCCCAAAUCUUAAUUCUACAUUCACAUUCCCACUGUUCUGAUGCAUUUUUUAUUCUGUUCUUCAUUUGACAAAAUCUUGGGAAACACAGAGAAACCCAGGCCCAUCACUCAAUGAGUGGCCUUGCGUGUAAGUGUCUGUGUGACUGUCUAUCUGUCUGUGUGCGCAUGUAUCUAUGCCUUUUUGUUUUACCUGAAUUUCCCUGCAUUAGGCAGAUAGUGGGAAUAAUUCCAGGGUUGGACCUUCAUCUGUCAUGUUGCUUCUUUCACGCUGUGGUAGUUUUACGAGUCAGUGCGGCAGUUUUCACAGUAAGGACCUUGUUCAAAAAGCACUUUUCUGAGCACUUUGAAGGCACAUUUAAAAUUGGAGCUGCCAUAACAUGACAGCCACCGUUCACUUUGACAGUCCACCCGACUCUCUUUCUCUCUCUGGGAACGCACCACUGACAUCUAGAGGAUGAAAUGGGUAUUGCAGCCAUAACCCCAGUUCCACCACUGCAUGGGCGUAGCACCAUUUUCCUACUGUGGUUUUUGUAGCAUCAGAUGCUCUUAUAGGUGCAAUUGUUAUAAAUUUUCAGCAUUGUAUGUCAGAUAAAAUUUACUUUAGAACUCAUGAAGUGUAAGAGUGUAAGCAAAAGAACAACAGCAGUUUUAAAUCUGUUACAAAUCAAUUGAGUUUAUAUAGAUUCAGUCUCUGUAGCCACAAAGCAUGUGGCUACAUUGCAGCUGAUUUUACAAGCAGUGAAUGCAUUUGCCUCUCUGUCUGUUGUUGUUAGCUUCCAUUUCACCAAAGCCCUUUGUAGAGGAGUGCGUGCCACUUCCCAGACGCUAUAUUUGAGUAGAAAUAAAUUGAGGCACAGUGUAGCAUUAGAGGCCAGAAAGUAAGAGCUGGAAACGAGGCUCAAGAUUUGACAGGUGGGAUGCUUUUUAUCAUUGGAAAUAAUUUGUAACCACUGCUCUAGGCCUCAGCAUGCUGUCCUCAUAGGACACAGCCUUAUGCCUCUGGAAGGGAAACUCAAACCUGCUCUCGGAGGACUCAAAAUAUAAUUUGCAAGAGCGUAACCACUACACCAGACUCCCCCCGCUGUCACUGCCAUCACAUCCCUUAGUCAUUCCCUGUCCAAGAGAGACAGUUGGGUCCGAGAGAGACAGCAGAACAGACAGUCCAUUCAUCCGUCUUCAUGACUGGAAUGGAGCAUCACAGAAUUCCUCGGACCAGCCUGCUGUUACCGUAGAAACCAGUGAGAUGGGGCUCAAGGAGAACUGCUGAGCCCCGAUCGAAGCAGCUUUGUGAGUGUGUGUGCGUGCGCGUGUGUGCGCGCACGUGCACACAGCUUGAGAAAGAGUGUGCGCAUGUGAACUUGUGCGUGUUAAUGUUAAGCAGAUGCUCACCAAGGUCACUUAUUCUGUUUGACACUGAAUUGCAUCUCUGCAUGUCUCGCCAGCCUGUCCUCUUGGGGGGGGGGGUGUUAACCAAUCACUGAACUCUUAAAGGAGCUUUUAUCAGUCUACACUACCUAUUUACCUUGUGUGUGGGUGUUAAUAUGUGUGUAUGUCUGUGUGUGUGAUAAAGGAAUUAAGAAUGAGUUGAGUGGGUGGGUUUGAGCUAACAUGCUAGCAAGCUGUGCUUGGCAGAUGGCCAGACACCAGCGUGAUCCAAACAAACGUGAAGGAGAGGAAUGCAGUUCUCCUUGCGGUCAUUACCCCGCGGUGUAACCCUGUUAGCUCGUCCAGAUUACACACACUGAUCCUCAGAGAAAGUGUGAGAGAGAUGGGGGAGAGAUUGGGGAGAGGGUGGGAAGACAGACAGCAGACGGGUGAAUGGGAUCAUUAUUUGGGAGACGGAGGGAGGAAGGAGGGGGUGACCACUGGUACUUGUGUGUAAACGGCGGCCAGUGGUGUUCCCUGUGUAUAUCAAUGUGUUAAUACUGAACUGACUGUGAGGGAGCCAAAGACUGUGGAAAAAAGGGUCGAAGGAGAGAUGGGAAGCAAAGUGACAGUUUAGAAGAACAAUUGAAUAAAAAAUGUGACUUUGGUUCAGCGAUAAUAUGUGGCUGCAUUGCUUUUCUUUUUGUUUUGUUUUUUGUUUUUUUGCAACAAUGGUGACAGAUGUCUGUUAAGUUAAAAUGAGAAACAAGCAAAACUAUAUUCAAAUGGUUGUUUAUUGGUAUGUUAGGGGGUCUAACACUUUGCCCUUUAGUCAGUGGUGAUAGAAAAAAAACGUUUCUUUUUAUGUUUUAUUUUAAUAAUUAAAAAAUACAAAGCAAUUUUUUUUAACAAUUUCUUUGUGAACGAUUGAGAGACCAGCCCAGUAUAGUGCAUGAUUUCUUCCCAACCAAGGAAGAGGGCUCCACCACUCUCACUAUUUAAGAGAUGAUAAAAAAAAAAUAUUAAGAAAUAAUGGGGGGGGGGGGGGGG